GAAACUACUCACAAGGUUGCUGAAAACUCUUCGACAGCCCACGACCGGUUGCACCCUUCCACUUCGGGUUCAUCAGCUCCUCAACGAUCAUCGAUCGUCUUUCAAGCGUCAGCGCAUCUUCAAUCCAAUGAUCUCCAGGAAUCUCGUCCUGCGCAGACGAUUCCGAAAGACUAUUGGUCCAAGACAGUUCACUCGGUUCGCUGGACGAAGUCCCAUAGCCGUGUCGCCUGUCACUGGAAGACCUUUGGUGUCUGCGAGGUG